GGUCCGCUUUCUCAUUCUUCCGUCAAUCGUUAACCUCUAAGAUUUUGCUCCCCGUUUUUGCAUUACCUUAAACCUUAACUAAUAAUUGCACAUAAAUCAUUGCGUCUGGGAUCAAACCAUCGGUCAUUUACAAUCCUUUCCAGCGGGUCGUUGCAUUCCCACGCAUUCGUACUCGUGGAAGAUCAACCAGGGAAAUAUGUUUUAUUGUGCGUUUUUACGACGGGUGGUGCGUUCGUUCGUGUUUUUGAGGACGGAAUCCGCAACUCCAGACGGAGGCAUCUCACCAGUGGACACCGAAACCGCGAAAGAUGGAUGGGAAGCACAAAAACUGGACAACAAAAGACAACCAUUUAUGACAGUUAGCCGACAGCACACGGACUGCACCGGGAUCCAUCCGGGCAGAAGUGUGAGGUUAAAUGACCUUCAUCGCUGUUGCCGACUUACUCAUCUUCGUUCACUUCUCUGCUUCACUUUCCAAAGUGAUGAAGUAGCAAAGGAAUGUAAUUCAAUUUUUACUUUAAUACGCAUUGCAGUACAUUCAGCUUUUGCUACUGGACAGUGAUUGAUUCAUAGAGUCAUAAGUCUAAGACUCACCAGACUCCAAGGAUAGGAAUUAACGUUCAAUGACCCGAAAGUUAGGAUGCAUUUUGAAGAAGCUGCAUUAGUGGAGAUCACUUUAAAACAUCUCAAAAGUCUAAACAUCGUUCUACAGGAGAGACACAUAAACAUUUAAAUAUGCUUUAAUGAGAUUUUUCGCUUUGCGUCCACUGUUGACUCCGUCCUUAUUUCGGCGGUACGCUUUACGAUGCCUUCGGGGAUAUACGCAAGAUGCUCUUUUCAUUCUCUCCGUUUGUGCAAAAAUCGUAAUGUUAAUUUAACAAAAAAACAGUAGUCCAGCUUCGUUUAAUGCUAAUCCGUAGGCGAGAACCUCAUUAGUACAUGCAUUCAUUACAAAUUUAUUUUUUUCCGAAAGAUUUAUGUUCCCUCCCAAGUUGCAUUAUUUUUUUCCGAAUGCACUUUGGCUUGGUAUUGUGCGAUGAUGGUACGCCGAAAAGAGUGGUUAAAAGUUGUAUUUGAUGAGACAAAAAUGUUUCUUACAAAGACUCGAGUUUGAGUCAUUUUUUCGCAAUUGCCGUUUGAUACAUAUCGUUUAGGUGCGAGUCCCAGUAUUUUUUUUUCAGUUUUUCGCUCUUGACGCAAGUGUUCAUACCGGACGUAAGUGGUACUCAUGGGUGUUCGGUUUACGGAAAACAGUUGCGGUAGCUCAGCACUCAUCCAACUCCCGCUAUUGUGCAGCUUAAGCCCGUAAAUUGUUUUCUGCUCUCCGCGCUGACUAAUGUGGAAUUCUUCGUGGGAGAGAGUGAAACAGUUGAGCGACUUUAGACUUAAGCCAGUACGCUAGAGUAUAACCACCAGCUAUAACACACUUACGCACACGGCUAAAAAGACGCAAGUAACGCACACUGAUGCAUUUCUCUUUGAUAGUGUGAGGGUAAAUACCUUUGUGUGAGUGUCUCUGCUGAGAAAAAAUUGAGCGAGAUUCGAGAAUUUCGAUUAAUUAUAAGCAACCUCUCAAUUAAAACCAAUUGCAAGGGUUUCUCUCAUUCUAACGGUGAAUGUUGGGUUGCGCGGUUGUGCGUUCGUACCUCUCGUGCUUUAUGUGAAAUCAGUGGCAUAUUUUUAGCGUUGUAUAUGCAGUUUUGUCGUUUAUUAUUCUACUGUUUAUAUUCAGUUUCUAAAAAUGUCGGCCAAAAACAAGAACUCCAAACCCGUUACGAAGAAAGGAAAAAAAGGAAGAGCUAGAAGUUCUCGUCAAUACAACGAGGAUAAUUAUGAUGGAGAUGGGGAAAGCAACAAUGAAUCAAAUGACGGAAGCGAUGUCUCAGAACCCGAUAGGCCGAAAAAAGCCGCUGCCUGUAAGGAGGAACAUUAUGACGCAGACGAGGAAAAUGAGGAUGAUUCUGCAGAGCGUGACGAUGAUAUUAACGUUAACGAAUUUGAAGCGGUUUAUAGUGUUUUUAUAAAAUGGAAUCGAAAAAAGAAACCAGAUCCACCAUUCAUACUGGGCGGUUAUUUGGAAAUGCUGUUGGAUGAACAUUCGGCAGGAACGUAUCAGACACCGCUAAGCGUAUUUUACCGGAUGUUUCUUAAACGUUUGCUACGCGACUAUUGUAUUGAUGAAUAUGUGGAAGACACGGACGCAUCGGACGGAACGGAACCUGUGAUCAAAAAACCGCGAUGGAUUACUGAGAAAGAAGAGAAAGAUUAAUACACCAUUGCAGGCAUGCAUGCCAAACCAUCAUACAUCUUCAUACACUAAUCGGAUAUAAAAGUAAGUGCAAUUGGAACUUUAUAGCGAUAAAAACUUUGAUUAGAACACUAUUAGGACGUUUUUUUAACAGGAAAACUAUCAUACCAACUUAUUUCAUUAAAACAAAAUAAUAUCAGACGCUUCUCGCUUUUACCAACAUUUAAGUCUUUUUAUCGUUUAAUAUAGGCCAAACAUUAACCUUUCCAAAUAAUUUAAAUCACAUUUUUCUUGCCUAAAAAUCAAUUUUAAUGAGCGUUAAUUAGUGUUAAAGAAUUAUCCAAUUUAAUUCCAUGUUCUGUUUUCACAGCUAUCGUUUCACACUUCACACAACCGAUCAGCAAAAAAUUCACCGUACCGUUGAAGGUCAAGCGGUUCCUAAUUUUUGGCAAUUAGAAAGAUCAGGUAAGUGGACUCAGGGUGUACGAAUGAGACGAACGUUAAACUAAUUCAUUUUCGCUUCUGCUUUAUGCAUCUGUUUUUUUGGGUCAUAAAGAUAUUGCAACCGGUUCCAUCGAUCAGUGCAUGGCAGUCAUCAGGCAUUAGCAGUCAAUCCUCUUCAAAAAAACAACCGAACCAGUCGUAAAAUGCAUAAUAAAAUGCGUCGGAAUGUUUACGAUCCAGUGUAACGAAACGAAACAAAAACGAAAAAAGGGAAGGAAUUUAAGCGAUCUAAUUGCUCGCAUCAAAGAUUUUAAAUACUUAUAAUUAGUUAUGCUUUCAAGCGUUAGCAAAUCUGGUGCAUUCUAUCAUUUCCUUCCUUCUAACUUUAUCAUUCGUAUAUUUUGACGUUUUUUUUCAAAUGUUAGGCCAAAGCAAAAGUUAUAUACGAAAAUAACAGCUUCAGCAAAGAAAUUUAAAAAAGCAACUUAAAAUCUGAAACGAAAACGAAAAUCAAAAAUUCCUUUACUAAAUCUAAUAUGGAACAUUAAAUAGGAACGUAUGGCAGCAUAUUUUUCCUACAAACCCCUUCUAUUAUGAUAAGUUACGAAAAGCGGAAUCGAAGUAUAGAGCAUUAUAGUUCAAAACAUAAUAAUAAGAGUUUCGUAAAAUUAGUGCAUCAUUGAAUGCUUGCGAUAUAUUUUAUACAAAUAAGAAACUACUGCAUCAAUAGAAGGUAAAUUGUUUACCUUCAAUUUAGCGGCAUCUUUACCACAAGUAUUACACACAAAAAAAUGGUUCGUCAGUUAGUUAGUUCUGCUAACUAAAACCAGUGACGAAAUGUUUCUUGAAUAUGUUUUCCAAUCUUUUAUCGGAGAACAAAAUUUAGUUAUAAAAAAAACGACUAAAAUAUUUUGAAAGUUUUUAAAAUAGAUUUUAACGAUUAUUCUUUUGUAA